AUGGGCCUCUUAUCUGCUGGCACUCCCCUGAAUUGGAAAGAGACUAAGAACUACGCUGAUCAUGUCAGAAGGGAGGGAAUAAAACAAUUUCUGAAAUCGUUUCAUCAGCUUAAAUAUAGAGAAAAAGAUACUCUUCUCUGGGGCGACGAAGUCGAAUACACCUUAAUCCUUCUCGACCCUGAUACUAAGUCAGCUCAGCUUUUUUUAGGCGCUAACGAUAUUAUGGACGUUCUUUCGCUUGAAGAACAAGAAGCUAAGCCGUGA